UUUGGGAGCAUUAGAUGGAACUUAUAUUAAGGUGAAAGUACCUGAAAUCGAUAAGCCAAGAUAUCGAACAAGAAAGGGUGAGAUAGCAAUAAAUGCCUUAGGUGUAUGUAAUCCGAAUAUGGAAUUUAUAUUUGUAUUACCGGGUUGGGAAGGCUCCGCUUCAGAUUCCAGAGUAAUUCGAGAUGCAAUAAGUAGGCCAAAUGGAUUAAAAGUACCAACCGGUUGUUAUUACUUAGUGGAUGCUAGUUACACAAAUGGUGAAGGAUUUCUUGCAUCAUAUAGGGGAACAAGAUAUCACCUUUUCGAAUGGAAAGAUGGUUGUGCACCCAUAAAUUAUCAAGAGUAUUUCAACAUGAAGCAUGCAUUAGCUAGGAAUAUUAUAGAAAGAUGCUUUGGGGUUCUUAAAAUGCGAUGGACAAUUUUAAGAAGACCAUCUUUCUACCCAAUUGCAACACAAAUCAAAAUCAUUACUGCAUGUUGUCUGAUACAUAAUCUGAUUAGAAGAGAAAUGACACUCGAUCCUAGAGAAGUUGAAUAUGAUAGGAUGGAAAAUGUGGACAUUAAUGAAGAGGAGGACAUUAUAGGAUCAAUUGCUUCUUCGGUAUCGAUGGACGAAUUGGAGAGAUGAGUUAGCUAAGCAAAUGUUUGGUGAGUGGAGAGGUCAUCAUGAUUACUAGUUGAUGGUUAUGUAAAAAAUUAUGCUCUAACUGCUUAUUUAAUAUUGUUUGUUAAAUCUUUUGGAUAAUAUAUAUGAAGACAAACUUAUAUUAUAUUAAGUGCAACAUUUAAGAUUUAUUGUUAUUUUGUUUGCAUCUUGUUUUGAUAAUGUUGGAAUCAUGAAAUGUUUAC